AGCACUAGCCUCUGCUCCUCACAUUUGUGCAGUGAAGUCGGCUUGUGUUUGUUGAUGUGAUUUCUCUCUCUCUCUCUCUUCCUUUCAAAAGUUAAUCAUCAGAUAGGUUUCCUCCUCAUGCUAGUUCUGUCCCUUUCCAAGUGAUUUUACAUCGACCAACUAGCUUUCUUCAUUGCAGUGUAUAUAUUCAUGCACCUCUCUCUCUGAAUAUUCUUAUCCCCAAAAUCAUCUUGCUGAUUGAUUUGUCUUCUGAAUCCUCUUGCUUCCCUUUAGAGCUUAAACCGAUUAGGGUCUUUCGUCUGUGGUUGUCUGGUUGAUUUGUUUGGGUUGUUAACAGCCGGUAGUUGCAGAUGCAGCAUCAUUAAGAUUCACAAGUGAAGUGGUUUCCUUUGUUUUCGCCUCUCCAUCCGAAAACAAAGGGUUCUUCUCGAAUGGGAAUCUUGAUGAUGCUGCAUCAGCAUAUACAUGGCUACUCGUUCUCUAAUGAAGAAAGUAAAGAUGUCUUGGCGAAAAUGUUACAACGGCUAAAAAAUACAAGAGUUGGAUCAAAAGUACCGAGAACACCCACUCUUGAUUCAUGGAUGAUAUAAAGUUGUGCAGAGUUUCCAAGAAAGAUUCCAUCUUCGAGACGACUCAUUUUUCUUCAAAAUCCGACGUUUUCAGACGAAGCUUCUCAACAAAACCUUCUUCUUCUUCAAAACCCAUAUUGCCAAGAAGUUUCUCGACAAAACCUACUUCGUAUUCUUCUUCGGAACCAAUCUUUAGACGGAGUUUCUCUGCAAAAUCCACUCCUUCGAAACCUGCGUUUCUAUCUAGAAGCGGUUCCACGAAAGUUCAAGCUGACACAUCGUCUACCAAGUGUUCCAUCUCUCGGAGCUUGUCUCAAAAAGGCGCUUCCGUGACCCGAAAGUGUUGUAAUGUGGCGAAGGAGCACAAGUCCCGGUUCUACAUCUUGAAACGCUGCGUUUUCAUGCUCGUAUGUUGGCACAAACACGCCUAAAGUUCCUUAUAGAGAUGUGUCGAAAGGUGAACCAAAAAAAAAAGAUGUGACGAAAGAAGAUUAGGUUAGUUAAUUACAAAGAAUUCACUCGUUUUAUAUUUUCGUUUUUCACCCAUCCAUUAUUAUACCUUAAUAUAAAGUAUUGUUCUAUUUACUCAGUCCGUGUUAAGUAUUGUAUUUGGUUUACUUUACAGUUUUACUUCU